CAUCAGAAAGGAGACUCUCUGGAACUUGAACCCAGCUGUUUGUCCUUGAAGAGCGACUGGUCACAUGAAAGAUUUAUUGGCUUUAAAGGAGACCAACAUUCUUCUUCAGAGAGCUGCUGGAGGACGACAUCGUCAUGUUUGUGAAGGAGGAGCUGAAGAAGAUCCAGAAGGUUCUGAGUCCAGAUUACCCAGAAUCCUCAGAGAGUCUGAAGGAGGAUGAAGAUGAAGAGCAGAAGAGCAUCAGAGAGACACUCGUGAAGAUCACAGUGAAGUUCUUGAGGAGGAGGAAGCAGGAGAAGCUGGCUGACCUCCUGCAGAGCAAUACUGUUGCUGCCGUUUGUCAAUCCAAACUCAAAGAUCAGCUGCAGAAGAAGCACCAGCAUGUGUUUGAGGGGAUCAUUAAAGCAGGAAAGAAAACCCGUCUGGAGCAGAUCUACACGGAGCUCUACAUCACAGAGGGAGGGACUGGAGAGGUCAACGAUGAACAUGAAGUCAGACAGAUUGAAGCAGCUUCCAGGAAACCAGACAGAGCAGAAAUGGCCGUCAGACAGGAAGACAUCUUUAAACCCCCACCUGGAAGAGGAGGACCAAUCAGAACGGUGAUGACGAAGGGGGUGGCCGGCAUCGGGAAAACAGUCCUAACACAGAAGUUCAGUCUGGACUGGGCUGAAGGCAGAACCAACCAGGACAUCCAGUUCCUGCUUCCAUUCACCUUCAGACAGCUGAAUGUGCUGAGAGAGGAGAAGUUCAGCUUGGUGGAACUAGUUCAUCGAUUCUUCUCUGAAACAAAAGGAAUCUGCAACUUUGAAGGGUUCCAGGUUGUGUUCAUCUUUGACGGUCUGGAUGAGUAUCGACUUCCUCUGGACUUCCACAAUUCUACAAUCGUCAGUGACCCCAGAAGGUCCACCUCAGUGGACGUGCUGCUGACAAACCUCAUCAGGGGGAACCUGCUUCCUUCUGCUCGCCUCUGGAUCACCACACGACCCGCGGCAGCCAAUCAGAUCCCUCCUUACUGUGUUGACAUGGUGACAGAAGUCAGAGGGUUCACUGACCCACAGAAGGAGGAAUACUUCAGGAAGAGGUUCAGAGAUGAGGAGAAGACCAGCAGGAUCAUCUCCCACAUCAAGACAUCACGGAGCCUCCACAUCAUGUGCCACAUCCCAGUGUUCUGCUGGAUCACUGCUACGGUCCUGGAGAACGUCCUGGAGAACGUCCUGGAAACCAGAGAGGGAGGGGAGCUGCCCAAGACCCUGACUGAGAUGUACAUCCACUUCCUGGUGGUCCAGGCCAAACUGAAGAAGGUCAAGUAUGACGGAGGAGCUGAGACAGAUCCACACUGGAGUCCAGAGAGCAGGAAGAUGAUGGAGUCUCUGGGUAAACUGGCUUUUGAGCAGCUGCAGAAAGGAAACCUGAUCUUCUAUGAAACAGACCUGAGAGAGUGUGGCAUCGAUAUCAGAGAGGCUUCAGUGUACUCAGGAGUGUUCACCCAGAUCUUUAGAGAGGAGAGCAGGCUGUACCAGGACCAGGUCUUCUGCUUCAUCCAUCUGAGUGUCCAGGAGUUUCUGGCUGCUCUUCAUGUCCAUCAGACCUUCUUCAGCUCUGGAGUCAACCUGCUGGAGGAACAAAGAAACUCAGAGACCAACCUCUAUCAGAGUGCUGUGGACAAGGCCUUACAGAGUCCAAACGGACACCUGGACUUGUUCCUGCGCUUCCUCCUGGGUCUUUCACUGGAGACCAAUCAGAACCUCCUACGAGGUCUGAUGACAUCAAACCAAAUAAGUUCACAGAACAAUCAGGAAACUAUCAAAUACAUCAAGGAGAAGAUCAGUGAGGACCUGUCUGCAGAGAGAAGCAUCAACCUGUUCCACUGUCUGAAUGAACUGAACGAUCGGUCUCUGGUGGAGGAGGUCCAAGAGUCCCUGAGGUCUGGACGUCUCUCCACAGAUAAACUGUCUCCUGCUCAGUGGUCGGCUCUGGCCUUCAUCUUACUGUCAUCAGGAGAUCUGGAGGUGUUUGACCUGAAGAAGUUCUCAGCUUCACAGGAGGCUCUCCGGAGGCUGCUGCCGGUGGUCCAAGCCUCCAAGAAAGUUCUACUGAGUGGCUGUCACCUCUCAGAGGACAUCUGUCCACUUCUGUCCUCAGUUCUCAGCUCUCAGUCCUCCAGUCUGACAGAACUGGACCUGAGCAACAACCACCUGCAGGAUUCUGGACUGGAGCAGCUGUGUCCUGGACUGGAGAGUCCACACUGUAAACUGGAGACUCUCAGACUGAGUGGCUGUCACCUCUCAGAGGACAUCUGUCCACUUCUGUCCUCAGUUCUCAGCUCUCAGUCCUCCAGUCUGACAGAACUGGACCUGAGCAACAACCACCUGCAGGAUUCUGGACUGGAGCAGCUGUGUCCUGGACUGGAGAGUCCACACUGUCACCUGGAGUCUCUCAGACUGAGUGGCUGUCACCUCUCAGAGGACAUCUGUCCACUUCUGUCCUCAGUUCUCAGCUCUCAGUCCUCCAGUCUGACAGAACUGGACCUGAGCAACAACCACCUGCAGGAUUCUGGACUGGAGCAGCUGUGUCCUGGACUGGAGAGUCCACACUGUCACCUGGAGUCUCUCAGGCUGUCAGGCUGUCUGAUCUCAGAGGAAGGAAGUUCUUCUCUGGUCUCAGCUCUGACCUCCAACCCCUCCCACCUGAGAGAGCUGGACCUGAGCUACAACCAUCCAGGAGAGUCAGCAGCGAAGCUUCUGUCUAGAGUGGAGGAUCCCCGCUGGAGACUGGACACUCUCAGGGUGGAGCCUGCUGGACAACGAUGGCUGACACCAGGUCUGAGGAAGUAUUCCUGUCAACUUACCGUCGACACAAACACAGUCAACAACAAGAUCAAACUGUCUGAUGACAACAGGAAGAUGACACGUGUGGGGGAGGUUCAGUCGUAUCCUGAUCAUCCAGACAGGACUACAUCAGAUCUGGAAAACUUCCAGAAUCACAUCCUCAUGCAGGGAAGGUUCUCCUACUCCUGCAGUGAAUCAUCAGGGAAGGUUCUCCUACACUCCAGCAGGGAAUCAUCAGGGAAGGUUCUCCUACACUCCAGCAGUGAAUCAUCAGGGAAGGUUCUCCUACUCCAGCAGUGAAUCAGGGAAGGUUCUCCUACUCCAGCAGUGAAUCAUCAGGGAAGGUUCUCCUACUCCAGCAGUGAAUCAUCAGGGAAGGUUCUCCUACUCCAGCAGUGAAUCAUCAGGGAAGGUUCUCCUACUCCAGCAGUGAAUCAUCAGGGAAGGUUCUCCUACUCCAGCAGUGAAUCUCACGCGGACUCUCCCAGCACCAAACAUGGAUGGACACAAGAUGCUACUGCUACUAUAGUCAUUGUAUUUAUUUACAGUAACUUCUUACACUGUUUCAUAGUUCAGUUUUUAUUA